AUGGCCCCAAAAUAUGCGGAAAUUGUGAUACUCUCAUAUCGUUGUUUACACAAGAAGUCAAUAUUAUUGCCAGACAUGUUAUUGCUGUUGCUGAUGAUGUUGAUGCUGUUACUGAUGCCCCGACUCCUGAAUCUGCCGUUAUUGGGUCUGGAGAGUCUACCUGACUUCGGCCCUCCCCCUCAUCUUGUCUGGAGCCUCUCCAGGCUGGGACUGUCAGCGAUCCAAUGUGUAGGUAUCACAAAUGUCGUAGAUGUACAGCCCCCUUGA